AUGGAAGAAGCAACAGGAGGAACUCCCUUGGAAGAUAAAUGUUCAGGAAAUGAAGAGCCAAAAAAAAGAAAAACAACCAGCAGAUGUAAAAAAGGAAAAGUUUUACACAAAACGAAAUCAAACGAGAAGAGGAAAAAAUCGUCCAAGAAUUUUAACACCUUAAAAACGUUCAAAUAUUUUAAGCCCUUCAGACAGUUUAAAAAUUCGAAAAGUUUGAAACGUUUGAAAAAUUUGAAAAAUGUGAAAAAUUGUAAAACUAAGAAAAAGAGGGAAAAAGAAAAGGCAAAAAAGAGAGCCAAAAAGAAGGCGAAGAAAAAUGCCCCCAAGGAGCUCCUACCUGUGGGGCAGGACACACCGACGGAACUCCCAAAUGAGGGGGACAUUACUCUGGGCAACGUGGAGAAGCAGCUGUCAACCCAGAUGAGCCCAACGCGAGACAGUGCCAAUUCGAGCAAUAGUGGCAAAACAAAGUGGAGAAAUAUUAGCAGCAAUGCUGGAUAUGCCGCUUUGGCUGAGAAUGAAUUUGUUUAUAACCAUUCUGAUGAGAAAGAGAAGGGAAGCGUCAACAAUGAUUAUGAAAUUAAAGGCAAUGUAGAUGAGGACACCCCCUUUUCAGUCCACACCGAUGUAACCACGGAAAAGACACCACCUGUGGAAGCGCAAGAAGGAGAUAACCUUAACUACGUAGUGGAAAAAAAUUCGCCAAAUGGGGAAACACAACUGGGUGUCACCAUACAGCAUUGCAAGAAAAACGCGUGUAGGGAAGCAAAUUGGACCGUUUUGGAGCCCCACAUGGGUGACCCCCAAAGGAACUGCUGCGGAGGAGAAGAAAAAGGAGAAAUAGAUCAGGUCAACAGAAACGGGACCAGCAAACAGAAUCACCCGAACAAAUCGCUACACCAUGAAAUGCAUCGCGCAGAGAAGGAUGUAGAGGUACCACAUCACCUAAUAGACCCACUAUCAGCAAAACAAACGUCGCGAAUUCAAUUCAGAGAGCUCAUCGUGUCGAUGAAAGAUGAAACCAAAAAUAUUAUCACCGUAAUGGAAAACCUAAGCGAAGAAAAACUCCUCUAUUUAACCAUUCCAUUUAGCGAAAAUUACGACAUUGUAAAAUAUUUCAAUUUCCUGUCUUUGGAGAAGAUAAAAAAAAUGAUAAACUUGCUUCAUGUAGAUAAUUACAAAAAUUUUAUUCUCUCAUUUAACCAAAAAAAAAUAAUUGAAGUUGUUAACCACAUGUCUGUAAAUACAUCCAUCAGUGUACUCUUAAACCUGUCGAAAAACAAGGUAGCAUACAUAUUAAACCAUAUAGAGGAAAAAAUCCUCAUCAAUUUGUUGAAUGGAAUACCUUUGUGUAAGUUCUAUCACAUCGCAGAAUGUUUCCCUAUGCAGAAAAUAAGUCUCUUCUCAGACAACAUAACUUACGAAAAAUUGUACGUAAUGCACAACUUGCUGCCGUCUAAAAAAUUACAUCAGCUAGCCAAUAACCUCUCUGUAGAAACUCUCAACAGGCUGAUAAACGAAUUGCCUUUAUACAAAUCUGUUAAGGUGUUGAAAAUGUUACCCCCUUGCAAAAUUGGACAUUCGAUUAACGUGAAGGAAUUGACUCCCAUGUUUGCCUCCGAAAUUGGAAGAUCUUUCAAUGCUCCGGAAAUUAUGGAAAUUGUGAAUUACCUAAAUGAGGCCAAUGCUGAGACCUUACUCAGCCGAUGCAAUUUAACCAAAAUUAUUCUCUACAUUAAUUACAUUUCAAUGGAAGAGUUUAAAUUCCUCACUGCAAAAUUGCCUAUUCAAUUUUUGACACAAAUUGUUAAUGAUAUAUCUUUGAAAUUACUCGUGGAGUUGUUCGUGUCUCUUCCCCAGGAGAAGGCCGUUCCUUGCUUGCACGCCCUCACGCAGAGGAAGCUCAACUUUGCUUUGCGCGCCACUCCGCUGCAAAGGGUCAUAAUAGACAUAGUCUUACGGCAAGGCCCGGCCGCCGAGCGGGGGCACCACCGCAGCGAAGCAACUAUGGACGUGACUACCACCGAUGGCACCAACGCUACCACCACCGAUGGCACGAACGCUACCACCACCGAUGGCACGAACGCUGCCAUCACUGAUACCACCACUCCCACCACCGCUGUCACGAACGCUGCCAUCACUGAUACCACCACUCCCACCACCGCUGCCACUCCUAAUAGCUACACCCAUGCGGAUGCCGCUCAUCCACACAGGGAACUGGUGAACAUGAUCGAUGAGCACAAUUUGGUUCUCCUCCUUAACCAGCUGAACGAAGACGAGUAUGCCUCAUUAUGCAGUCUCCUGUGCCAAGACAAGGUGGAACACAUCGCCAACUCCGUCUUCGUCGACUGCGAAACCGCCGCAGCGCUUAUCCUACAUUUGCCGCUUACAAAAAUGAUCGAGAUUCUCCAAAGAGCAAGACCAAAACGAAGAGAAGAAAUGACGAAAUAUAUGCCAACCUUUAUCUCCCACAUGGUCCUCCAGAAAACAAGGAACAAAACGUGCAUGAACAAGAUAGAACAAAUGUUUAUCACUUGCAAAUUACUACGAUUGAGAAAAGUUUUUAGGAAGAGUAGAAAAAUGCCCACUCUGAAAAAAAAAAAAAAAAAAUUAACAUGUUACCUUUUGAAAAAAAAAACAAAUGACAUUAUACGUAGCAUUAAUGUGAAAAAUUAUUCCAAAUUUCUGAACUCUAUUUCUUGUGCCAAAAUUGUGGAAAUGAAUCGAGUCAUCCACAACAUCAUGUGCAGGCAUCCAUACACUGAGCCUAAAGUUAUGGACUGCCUUUUCUUUUUCUUUAACGUUUUUGGGAAAAUCCGGGCCUCCAAGUGGAAGAAAGAGGGGAGCACCCUACAGUGGUUAACUAAGGAGAAGUUGCAAAAUAGGGGGCCCCCGCAAAAUAGAGAGGAGUCUACAAAUGAGGAGCCACUGCAUGACACCUAUAAACAGACCAAAUUGUGCCCCCGCGAGGGAAACACAAAAACAGGGCAGUUAAGCCCCUCCCCUCCGAUAACCAAAAGGAAUCCCUCCUUAGAGGACACGACGAUAAGAAAAAUUACAAUCCAUGCAAUUCAUGCUUCGCAUGCAACACAUGCAACCCAUGCAGCACAUGCAACGCAUGCAAACCAUGCAAAUCAUGCAACCCAUGCAAUCCAUACAAACCAAAGCGAAGCAAACGACGUGGCGGCGAAGACAGGAAAAUGCAAUCCCACUACCAACAUAGUGAGGAGCUCCUUCUACACAUUUUUAGUACACUUUGUUUGUUUCAUAAAAGUGCACAUAGAAAAGUACGUACUCCAGAGUUCGGGAGAUUGGCACCACGGUGGAGGAGAGGAAGAGCUCCCCCCCAAUUGGCCACGAAGCGGUUUACCCUUAAAAGGGAUGUUUCCACAAAGUCACCAACAGGGUAGUAGCGCCCCCCUCGAUGAAGACUCCAGUGUGAUCGAAUCACACCCCCACUGCAGAACGACCUCCAGAAUUCUGAUCCCCACCAAAAGUAGGUUAAUCUUCAACACUGUCCGAAAAAUUAUGAAAAAUAUCUUCUACUCUGUUAGGAAGAUAAACCAAAUAGGGAAUCCUUCCAUGGUGUUGAAGCACAUCUGCAUGUUUAACAUCAUACGGGCUGACAUAGUCCAGUACGGAAGUGAAAAGCGGAAGGAGGAUUUCAGAAAGAGGAGGAGUGGAUGGGACUACUCCACAGGAACUCCAAUAAAGAGUAUACCUAUUAAAGCUAGAGGAGCCACCAGCAUUGGGGUUAAAAACAGCACCGAUGUUAUCCUCCAGAGUAACAAAUUCCUCAGUGGAAGGUGUCCACUCGGAAAAAAUAUAUUCAGCGAAAUGGAAGAAAAAAAUUGCACAAAUGGGGUAGGCGAUGAGGAGAGAACUAAAGAAGCUAUGACAAUAGAAGAUGUUGUGAAGAGGAAUGAAUCUAACUACACCAUAGAGAUGGCACAAGAUGGUAUGACCACAUGCACACUUAAGGAAGAGGAAACUCUCCAGUUUAGGAACCUUCCUACAAAUGCAAAGAGAAUAAGUGGCUCUGUGUUCAACGUGAAGGAAAGAGAGACAUGGAAAUAUGACCCACUUGUUAAUGAUAAACGGGAUAACCACAUGGCAGAAAUAAGCGAUGGAAAAGAAGACAAAAAUGAACGUACGGCUCUCAUUAAAAAAAACAGAAAAAAUUACUUCAAGAAGUUAAAGAAUAUCCCCCAAAUGGCUAGUUUUAAAAAAUUCAUACGUAGAGAUAAAGACCGAAGUAGUGGAUCACGUAAAAUUACACCUCCAAAUGUAAGCAUAAAUACUCCAAUGGAAAGUUGCCAAAUAGAUCGAAAAAGAAGAAACAAUACUGAUAACCCGCGCAUUAAUGAGAAAGCAUCUUUUUGCACGCCAAAUAGCCAGACAGAACAAGUACCAUCAGAUGUGUCCACCAAAGGAAGGAAAAACAAAGUGUCCCUGUUAAAAUUCAUAUUCGCUUUGAACGAUUCGAAUGCUAAGAAGUACUCUAAUAAUAUAACCCUAAUCAUAAAUUUCUUUUUUUUGAGAAGAAAAAUAUUUCUGAACAAGUUCAAGAACCAAAUUGUGGGGUCUUCUCUAAACGUACUUAUAAAUGAUAACGGCUGUAAGAGGUCAUUAAAUUUUAGUGAACCCCCUAACGACACCUCCUGUUACAUUAAUUCGAACAUUGUAUCUCUGCAAUAUGACGACACGGAUGCUAUUAAAAAUUUGUAUUCUUUGACAUCUAGCAAAUCGGUUCCCAUGUGCACUACACCGGGGAUAAUCCCGUCCAUUGAUGUACUUACCGACUUGUCCACUAUUCCAGAAAAGGGGGAACCCAGAAAUGGUUUAAAAAAUAAAAAGUUAUCAAAGGAAAUUAACAAACAGAAGAAUAACAUGUCAAUUAAAAACAUGUGUAACGACUUAAAUUCGAGCAUCAUCCUCCUUUGGAAGUCCUCCCAAUUUGGCUACAUCCUCUUAGACGCACAUAAUUCUCUGCAUAUAAAUAUCCAUGACCCCUCCAGUCAGUUUUCUCUGAACCUCUUCAGGCAACAUGAUGAUGUAUCCGUAGGGGGAGGUACCUACAAAAAGGGUAACUUAUUUUUCGCGAAAAGGGGGAAGGAAAAAAUGAGCUUGAGAAAGAUUAAAUCGAUGUUCUCAAGGAUAUUAGAGAAGAAGAAAUCUGCCCCAGUUGUGAACAGGUCCACUGGUGCGAUCAUAGGAAGGGGACAAGGUGGGCCAGGAGGAGACGUCAGGGAAGGACAAAAUGGGGACAAUCUCUUGGAUAAGACUGCUUUACUCCCAAAUGGGAAGAAUCACCUCAGCGAGGGUACGGGACCCGAACCAGAGGACGUUAGCAGCAGACGGGAUAACUUCGCCAAUGCAAAUGGCCCCAACCCGAAGGAACACCUAAUCAGUGACGAUAAUGAGGUGUAUUUCGGCGACGAGUACUACAACUGCUAUGAGGGAGAGGUGCCCAGGGCGAUUUUCAAUGAGGGAAGCCAUCUAAAUGGGGAGACCGCCUCCCUCAGAGGCCCCCUUGAACCCCCCCGCAAAAGUGAAAAGAAUGGCGAACUGGCUAUCGACCAGAAGAGAGCAACAAACAUGAAGACGCCAAAGAGCCAACGCGCGCACCACGCAGAAAAGUCAAAAAGGGAAAAACACGGAGAAAUCAAAGAAGACGAAAAAAACGUAGAGAACGAAAUAAACGGAGAAAACGAAACAGACGGAGAAAACGAAACAAACGGAGAAAACGAAACAAACGGAGAAGACGAAAAAAACAAAACAAACACAAUCAAAGAACACAACAGAAAGCAUUCCCUAAGAAAUAAACACAGCAUCGUCAUCAACAAAUUCAGUAACAUUAUUAACGAGGCACAAAGAAUCCUGUCUAUAAAGGAGAAGGUUAUUAACAGGAAAAUAUUAGAACAAAUCCAUGCCAGUUGCAUAUCGCCAAGCUCCCUAACGGAAAGUGAAAAGGAAAAAAUGAGAGAAAUAAAAAACAACGAACUUAACAAAAUUAUGGAAGAAGAAUUGCGGAAAAAAAAAGGAAAAAAAAAAAAAGACCAAAAAGAGGCAAAGAAGAUAGAAGAAGGCAUUCCUCUUAAGAGAGAAGAAAAAUAUUUUAUUCCAUUUCGAUUUAAUCGAAGUAAAAUAUUAAGAUUAAAAUUGUUGACUCUUAUUGAAAAUGCUUUAUGUAGUUAUGACGUCAACAUAGGGAAAGGUACCUUCAUCAGUGCAAUGGAUCAACAGAGACAAGGUGAAACAAUAAAGGAAUAUAUCAACUCUUCUCCAGAAAAUAUCACCAACGAAUUCCAUUUCUCCCUUGAAGAGGUUCCUUCUAACGGUUCUCACAACUUGGUAGAACAAUCCAUUUUUUCAUUUUUAAAUUUGAAUGCUUCUCAAGAGAAAUCCAACAUAGAUGUGAUUUCUCUGCGUGAUGAUCCAAAUGGGUUUCAAAAAAAUAGGUUAACCUUAACGAACGAAGUGGGUCACGCCGAUGAUUUCUUCAUCCUGCAUGAUGAUAUGUGUAGUGACCCCCUCCUCCAAAUUAACAUAAGCACAGAGAAGAUCGAAGGGGGUGGCCUAAAUACGAAUAGUAAAAUCCUCCCAAACGAAAUAGACAAAAAAAAGGGGAACCUACAGAAUGAACAACUCCACAAUGAUGCAUAUAUUGCCCCAUUUGAACCCUGCAACAGCUCCACUUCAACCCUCCUCGCAGAUAAAUACCCCCCGAAUAAAUGUUCAUCACUGCAUCUAAGCUACAGCUCCCACGAUAAAAGAAACAUGCAAACGAAAAGAACGUGUGAGAGCUCCUACGAAAUUGUUAAUAGCGUAACAAUGCAUGAGAAGAACAACUCCACAAAAGGGUCAUCAUCAAGUGAAUCCAAUGGAAGCAUAAAUGAUGACACAGAAGUGAAUAAAAUUUCGAUAUUGGAAAAUGUGUUGCAAUCGGUUCGUAAAUCUAUUCCCCAUUUGGAGAGUGAAAGUGUCCAAAAGGGCACCGCUGCCGGUUCUAAAGGAAGGAAGGAAAGGGGGGAAGCCCCAAAGGAGGUAUUACUAAAACAUAGCAGCUUAUUUUACAAGCAUGACUACAAAAAUUUGGAGACGCAUUCAAACCAAAGAGAGAGCGCCGAUGCUAUGAACAGAUUGGAUAAAGUUGAAACUGCCUCUCCGACGUUGGAAAAAGGGGAAGGAGACCCACCUUCAAACAACGUGGAGCACGCCAAACGAUGCGAGUAUUUUGCACCCCAAAUAGUGGGCCACUGCAACCUAUCGGAGAACCUCCACUUGGAAUUAAGUCGACUCGAAAAGUGUGUAAAAGAGCAUGAUCUGUACGACAACGUUGGACAAAACCGCGUAGCACAGCAAGAUGAAGCGCAUUUGACAGAUAAAAGUGAACACUUUCUAAACGGUUUGCUCAGCCAGAUCCGCAACGAGCGGGACAGGGCUGACCACUUGGGUGGCAACUUGGAUGCCACCUUUUGUGGCAACUCAGCUGCGAACCCACAUAACGUGCUCGGGGGCGGGGCGCAAAAGGUGGGCCUCCUCAAUCUGCACUGCCUCUUCGAAAAUAAGUCGGCGAAUUUCUGCCUGCUCACCGAGGGCUGCGCAAAGGCCAGCAAUUACGUCAACGACAGCAUGCUGAUUCAUACCAAGCUGUACAAUGAAAUCUUCCACAUAAAGAAGGAUGACAUGUCUAGCUCGGAAAAGUGUUCCAUGCUCGGUAUGUCCAUCGCAUCCAACUCGAGCAACGCGUCCAACUUGUCCAACCUGUCCAACUUGUCCAGUAGCGAGAACAGGGACAGCCGUCAUAGCGAAUCGACGGAAAACGAAAUUAUGUGCAUUCACAAGAAGAAAAAAAUACUUUGUAACAACUGCGGAAAUGUCCUCAAAAAAAAUCUCCUAAACGAUCUGUUCUUCUUCAGAAUAAGCAUAAUUAAUAAAAAGUCUUUUCUUUCCAAACGUCUAAAAAUUAAUAUAUAUUAUCAGAGUCCUUUGAUCCGUGCCAACUUUACUUCCAAGGACAAUGUUAGAUACUCCUUGGAAAAAAAUAUGACCGAAUAUAAGCUCAAAAUUAUUGCCAUUAAGAAGAGAAAAAUGCGAAAAAAGUUGUCUCUAUCCAAGUCGAAAUUUUUCAGAAAAUGUCUCGAAAUUGAGUUAAUUAGCAGUUUGGACAAUAUGCUAACUUCUCAGGGGGAAGAAAAAAAGGGGGUGAGAAAUUGCUCAAGAGAUGGCAGCAGUGUUCACUCCUCCAUGGACCAUUUCAAUACAUAUAAGGAUGACCGUUUGGGGGAUAAAAUAGAAACAGGAAAAAAUUUCUCCUAUAAGCAGAUAAAAAAUUAUUCAAAACGCUUGUCCAGCAUGAACCAGUCCUCCAACGAUGUGCCCCCUGCUAUAUACAAUUCACACUUUGCCAUCCUAAACUUCAGCAUCCUCGACGACAAAAAUAAGAAGAAAUAUGACGUGGAGAGAUUUAUAGUUCCUUCCACAUUGUUUUACACCAAUGGGUAA